UUUUUUGGCACCCCGGACACGCCAGCGCCGAAAUUGACACUGGAACCCGACCCCGGAAACGGACGCCGAAACCAAGGCCGGACACCAGCACAGGUACACCAGAACGAGGGCACUUGGCAGCUUCUGAAGCAGCCGCAAACACCCACCCAGAACUCCACGGAGGACCCAGAAUUCUACGGAGGACCCAGAAAACGGCAUCUUCACAGUUCCAGCCGCAAGCAACUGGAAAUCCCAGAAGCACCCACAUCCACGGCUCCGUGCUCCCAGGAAAGGCAUCCUAGCAGGGCCCUCUUCCCCCCUUCCCCCCUCAAAAAGCAUAUCCCUCAAGUCCGCCGCCAUGGCCCGCCAGCUGCCCCUCGGCCUCGAGCCGCUGUUCCGUGACCAGCACCCCCUGAAACAGCAGCAUUUCUUGCUGCCGCUGCAGGCCCUGCCGGCCGCGCCGCCGCCCGCCGCCGCCGCGGUCCCCGACUGGAUCCCGCCGCCCGCGCUGCUCGCCACGGUCAACUCGGACGCCAUCGACUUGAACGACGAGGUGUUUUUCAACUACAACGCCGCGCCGGCCUAUACCACGGACGCGUAUGGCGCGGGCCCGGGCGCCGCCGUACCCCUGCUGCUGCUGCUGGCCGCCAACUUCGACUUCGGCUACGCCGCCAUGCCCCCGCACGAGCUGGCUUCCUCGCCGUUGAAGCACGCCGGCGCCCUCGACUCACACUACUCCCACACGCGCCGCUUCCUGCUGGCCGUCGACCAGCUCAACCGCAUGUCCUUGCAGGCCGCCGGCAGCCUGAAGCUGUCGUCGCCGGAUCUCUACAGCAUGCUCCCCGGCCUGCUGGCCUCCACCGAGGAGCGCACCGUGGACCCGCGCCGCCUUUUCGGGGGGCCGGACGGCGCCUCGCCGCCGGGGCCGGGUCUGGCCGGCGCCACGCGCUACGUCUUGCCCUCCAGCGUGCUGUCACCGUCGCUCCUGACGUUUUUCGCGAAGCUGGCCGCCACCCACGACCUUCUGGAGCUCUCCGCGGCCCCGGCUGCGGAUCCGCAGGGCCCGCUAUCCGCCACGGCCGCCCUCCAGGCCCUCCCUGCCUAUACCUUGCCCUCGCAGAAACCGCCGCUGGCCUUGAACAACCCGCUGAACCCGUACGUGAUGAACGACGAGUGCGUGUCUGCAAUCACGUACUGGCUCAACAACACCGCCGACGUGAUCCUGGACAAGCCCGCGCCGAGCGGCCCGCGCACGCCGCUGAGCGUCAUGAAGCCGGGCUGGACGCGCCGCAACCUGAUCCAGGUCGUGUCUCCGCGCGCCGACGACAGACCAGCGAAGACCCUGCGCACGCUCCCCAUGGAUCAGAAGCGCAGGCGCCGCAAGUCCGUCAACACGUCGUCCGCCAUCCCCGAGGCCUCGUUUGCCACGAGCUUGAACCUAGCCAGCGCACAUGUGCACACACAAGGCUUCUCCCACUCUCCUCCUCAGCAGGCUGGCCAUUACACUGGCCACGCCCCGCUGGAUCUCCGCGCGCAAGUGCGCCCGCUCACGUUGCCUCUGUCCCAUAAGGAGGAGCCGAAAACAGCAAACGUGUACGCGCAGGACACGUACGACGCCAUGGACGUGGCGGUCCCGGGCCCUGGGUCCGCAGACUCGGCCAGAGAUGGGCUUUUCAAGUACACGAGAGACAUUGUCGAGAGCAUUGCCCUGAUGGAUGUCGACGUGCACUCCAGUCACGUGGCCCCACACGCUCACAUUGACCUGGGGCACCCUCACGCGGCGGAACCGGGCGACGAUGAGCCCAAGCCCUUCCCGUGCCCGGACUGUGACAAGCAAUUCAAGCGCCUGGAGCACUUGAAGCGUCACAUCCGGUCCGUCCACUCGAACAUCCGGCCGUUCCACUGCAAGUAUUGCGAGAAGAAGUUUCUGAGAUCCGACAACUUGGCCCAGCAUCUGAAAACACACUUCAAGGUGGACGCCAACGGCACGGCCACAAUCAUAUACGGCAACCCUAAUCCGCUGGGCCGCACUGGAAGGAAGAAGAGCGCAGGUGACGUCGACAUGGAAGGGCUUGCGUUGGGAAAAAUGGAUUAGGCCGCGGCUCUUCGAGUUUUAUCCCACCGACACGGGUGGUUGCGUCGGACGCGAGAUAUCAUGAAACUACUGGAUUAUCAAACUCACGCUUAGGUAAGCAUAUUUAAUUUGCUGGCUCUGGAAAGUCGGCAAUGGCGGUUGGAAGUGUAUCUGAGCUGUAUCUUUAGUAUAGCGUAUGCGAUUCAAUUUCUUAAACUAUUUACCAAGUGAUGUAGAUGCUCUUGGCGCCUUCCGUAGAAUGCUGAGGACCCUGGGAUCUCUGUCUUCUGCACUCAUUUAUUCCGUCUCUCUUAUCGGUACAUCUGCGGCUGACUGAAAUUACUACGACCGU